UAUCUCACGAAGGCUGUGGAGUUUCCUGUGAAAGAAAAAAAAAAACCUUGUGUGUCUUAUUAAACACCCAGUUCAUGUAAGACUGAAUUGAGCUUUAAUACACAUGUAUAGUUUUAAUAUUACCUAACGCACUGGAUGAUUGUUUUCUCAACAAGAUUCGGACAUCUGGAUUUUAUACAGUCUGACUGCUGUUGGUAAAGUUUCCCUUUUCUCGCGAUGUCCCGUGUCUCGGACCCGUCACCGAAAGCACGCCAGGAAAAAAUGAAAGACGUUAAUGUAAAGAACAAAGAGAAAGAGCGGAAGGCACGGGAGAAAGAGACAAAGGAGCGUGAGUCGCGUUACAGCAAUGGUCACCUGUUUACCUCCCUCAGUGUUUCUGCCACCACACUCUGCUCUGCAUGCAACAAGAGCAUCACUGCAAAAGAAGCCCUCAGCUGCCCAACUUGCAAUGUGACCAUUCACAACCGCUGCCGUGACACACUGGCCAAUUGCGCCAAAAUGAAACAGAAGCAGCAGAAGCUGGCUCUGCUCAGGAGCACCGCGACUUUACACAAUGUGGCCCUCCGCAGCAAAAAUCCAAUAUUGAAGGAGAGGCCGAGUUCAGCCAUUUACCCAUCAGAGACACUGAGACAGUCUUUCCUUGGUUCCCGCAAAGGACGCUCCACGUUGUCCCUCAACAAGAGCGUCUCCACCAAUAACAUUGCAGGAAGUCUGAAUGAUGAUUCUCCUGUGGGACUGAGGCGGAUUCUGUCUCACUCCACAGACUCUCUGAACUUCAGGAACAGAGCCAUGUCCAUGGAAUCCCUUAAUGAUGAAGGAGAAAUGUAUUAUGCGUCAAUGAUGGAGGAGCUGGAGAAGGAUGGGAAGGAUUUUGAAGUAGAUUCCUGGAGUAUGGCUGUGGACUCUUCUUAUCUACAGUCUCAACGCAAAGACGUCAUCAAGAGACAAGACGUAAUAUACGAGCUGAUUCAGACGGAGCUGAACCACGUGCGUACGCUGCGGAUCAUGGAGGGGGUGUUUCGCAGAGGAAUGCUGGAAGAGGUGUUGAUGGAGAUGGGCGUAGUUCACGCAAUCUUUCCCUGCUUAGAUCAGCUGCUGUCUAUUCACUCCAGUUUCCUGAGCCAACUACUGCAGAGAAGAAACGAUAGCCUGGCACCCAGCAGCGCCCGCAACUUCACUAUCCAAAAGCUGGGAGAUAUACUGGUGGAGCAGUUCUCAGGACAGAAUGCGGAAGAGAUGAGGAAAUGCUACGUUGAAUUCUGCAGUCGACACUUGAAAGCUGUGAAACUCUAUAAGGAGCUGUUGGCCCGUGACAAAAGGUUCCAGCAGUUCAUACGGCGGGUGAGCAGAGGUUCUUUACUGCGUCGCCAUGGUGUCCAAGAGUGCAUCUUACUCGUCACUCAACGCAUCACUAAAUACCCUGUACUUAUCAAGCGCAUACUAGACAACACUAAAGGUAAUGAAGAAGAGAGUAAAUCUCUGGCUGACUCUCUGACGCUGAUCCGGGAGCUGCUGUGUUCCGUGGAUCAGCAGGUUCAAGAGUUAGAGAGGGCACAGCGUUUGCAGGAGAUCCAGUCCCGUCUGGACCCACGCGCUGAGACGAAAGUUAAGGGUGGAGGAGUGUUUGGUGGAGGAGAGCUGCUGCGCCGUCGACUCAUUCACGAGGGAGCACUGCUCUGGAAGACUGCUCAAGGCUCCAGACUCAAAGAUGUGCAUGUUUUGUUGAUGACAGACAUCCUGGUGUUCAUGCAGGAAAAAGACCAGAAGUUUAUUUUUCCCUGUCUGGACAAACCGGCAGUGCUGUGCCUUCAGAAUUUGAUUGUGAGAGAUAUAGCCAAUCAGCAGCGAGGAAUGUUCCUCAUCAGUCACUCCACACCUCCAGAGAUGUACGAGCUCCACGCCGCCUCCAAAGAGGACAGAAACACCUGGAUGAAACUCAUCCAGCGGACAGUGAGCAACUGUCCAUCAAGAGAAGACUUCCCUCUGAUCGAAACUGAGGACAAGGCUUUGCUACGCCGACUCAGAGCUGAUAUCCAGCAGAAGGACCGUGAAGUUUUGGAGCUGCUACAGGAGCGUGUGACAUUGUUCUCUGAUUUGGCCGAGGCCACCGGAGGUCAGAACGUCAACGUUCCCACAAACUCCAGAAAUAUAUUCAGAGCAGAUACGCCCUACGCCCCUCAGGCGGAGAAGCUACUGAAUGACGCCAUUGUUGAGGUGGACAGGCUGAGUGAAGUGCUGUUGGGUUCCAGCAUCGAGCGUCCACAGUCCUGCAGAUUGAACGGUGAAUCGACUGGAAUAGAUAAAGGAACGAUAUCAGUUAACGGAAUCCGUGAAAUAAACAGUUCAUCCAACAAGAUUUCACAGGACAGGAAUGGGAACCAGCUGCAGGACAAGAUGCUAAACGAGGAGGUGUGCCAAAGACUUGUGAACCUCAGCACUCAGCUUCAUGCGGUACAGGCUGCAGUGAUCAAGCAGGACUCGUUCCUGGAGGUGUACAUGCAGAAGGACUUGUGUCCCGCUACAGCAUCAGAGCUGGAGGCCGGCGGUCCUCAGGGCACUCGAGGAGAUCUGGCAGAGCUACAGCACAAGUACAACCUCCUGCAGGGAGAAGUGAUCCGACUACGGGCCGCCCAGGACAAGAAGGGCGAAAAACAACUCCAAGAGCUGCGGCUUAAAGACACAAUGGACACGCGUGACACCUUGAUCUCACAGGAAACAGCAGUUCAGGUGGAUGGCAUGCAGGAGGACAGUCCCAGAGAUCUGCAGGAUAUCCCAGAGGAGAGUGAGUGUGGGACAGAAGCUCACAGUUAACAUCAGCUCGACUACAAGAUCCUUCCUUAACCUCCUGCGAAACUCUGGAAACAGCUCAUCAGUCAGAGAUGACUCGAGGCCUGUUCACACCACGCCAAACACAGACACAUUUCA